AUGGCUCUCUACCAGCAACCCGAGAACCCGUACGGCUCCCCCUCGCUAGUCAUCGAGCCGACCCAGAGAUACCUCUACCACCUCCGAUCAAUGGCCCACCGGAAAGAUGUCCUCGUUAAAAGCGGCUUCGUCCUGAAUCCACUGUCUGAGAGAGAUAUUGACGACAAGAAGCGAUGCCGCAGAUGCAACCUCCGCUGCUCCAACAACAAGAACAAGUUGAGGUCCAACGACAAAGGCUCCCAUGCGGACGCCAAGACGCCCUUUUCUACUUCCUCUCCGUCCACCCAGCCCAAGACCAAGUCCUUUACCAGCACUUCACCCAUGGCUGACCAGGAGCCCGAGGGCGCAAACGGGGACGCGAAGCCAGCAAAGCCGGUCCUCAAGUGUCAACACCACACCGGCCGCGUCUUCAACAUGCGCUGGAGCUGCUGCAGCGUCCACGUCUCCGCGCCAGGAUGCACCUACGCCCCAGAGCACCUCGUCCGGACCUACCCCGCGGGCGAAGUCCACGCCCGCCACCAAUACCACAAGACCCCGACCCACGACCUCCUGAAGCUGGACCUCGACGACGACCCCUUCCCGUCCAGCCAGAGGGCGCCCCGCCGCGCCGUCGCCAUCGACUGCGAGAUGGGCGUCGCCUACGACGGCGAAUCCGAACUCAUCCGCGUCACCCUCGUCGACUACUUCACCUCGGAGAUCCUCCUCGACAGCCUCGUCUACCCACAAGUCCGCAUGCAGCACUACAACACGCGGUACUCGGGCGUCUCCCGCCAGGCCAUGGAGGCUGCGCGGUCAAAGGGCAAGUGCAUCACGGGCGGGCUGGCCAACGUCCGGGCCGCGGUGUGGGAGUGGGUGAGCGCCGAGACCAUUGUCGUCGGACACGCCGUCCACAACGACCUCGCUUCUCUGCGGUGGAUUCACCUCAAGGUGGUGGACUCUUUGAUCCUCGCUACUGACGUUCGGGCCGAGAUUGAGAGACUGGAAGCGGAGGAGGCGGAGGAGAGAGCCAAAAAGGAGGCCGCAGAGGCAGCGGCUGCUGCUGGUCUCACCCUGGAAGGCGAAGACCUCAUCUCGUUCGAUAAGCCUAGAGACCCAGAAAAGGCAGAGGGAGAAGCGCCCGCUGAGAAGAAGCACAUGAAGCGCAAGGCCGGCGGGCUUUCCCUCAAGGCGCUGACUUCCGAGAUGCUAGGUCGUGACAUCCAACAGGGCAGGGCCGGUCACGACAGUCUGGAGGACGCCUUGGCAUCCAGGGAUCUGGUGCACUGCUUCGUGGCCAAGAAGGUUUUGGCGUCGACUGAGGUUGGGGGACCGGUCAUGCCUGGUUUCUGGUAA